GAGGUUUCACUUCACCUUAACAGUAGUUUCGCCUCCUACAUGCAGAGCUCCGAAAUUUAAUCCUAUCGAUGAUACGAUGCGCUAUCUAUUUCUGUUCGGCUAGGCCGAUUUUUUUAGUUCUUUGUCCAGCAUGCGUGAAUGUACUUUUGUCUUCCGUGGUUUGUCCUAUCGGCGAGUAGGUAGAUAAAAUGUGUCGAGUCCACCUGAUUCAGUCGGUACAAUGAUCGAGUGUUUCCGUCAUUGUAUCGAUGCUUAUUACGACAACUGGCCUGACUCAGAUCUCAUUACUGUGGGAGCCCUGGUCAACAAACGUUCAUUUGUUUGUAGCAAGAAUCUAGAGCUUCGAUCGAGUUCCCCUUAAUGGCGUUUCAUCAUUUCUCGAUCAGGAAUUAAUGAGCCAUCCAUGCAGUUUAUUUAUUAAAGCUUUAUACCGAUAGCCACAUUAUUCGCAUUCGUUGGAAAUCCCCGAUAAACUGCCGAAACGCAUCACGCCAUCUUAUGGAUGAAGCCGCAGAAAUGAUUAAUAUUCCUUAUGCAACUUUGAUUAGCGCUUUCCCCAAUUCCUAUGAAUGUAAUUAUAGUGAGACCUAUGUAUGCACAAUGCUUUGAAAUAAUGAAAGAAAUUAGUAAAUGAAAACGUUCAUUGACUGAUAUAGGGAGAGUAUGAAUUAAUAAAGGAGGUCUGUCUUUAUAUUGUCUUUAUUGUCUUUAUAGUAUUGUCUUUAUAAGUGCGUAGGUCGAUUUGGAAUCUUGUAAAUUAAGCGAGGCGCAAAAGUUUGCCUCGUGAAAGGAAUAAUUUCUGCAAAAUUAAUAAGCCUUCCGCUAAUUGCAUUAUCGUUCUUCAAGAAAUGUCGGAUUUAUCGGGCCCAGACAUUGGCUGGACUACGAACCUCAUUAUUUCCGACAUAUAGUCAAUGUGUAUGCUUCGUGUCAUUCACCAGUACAUAUGUUCUAGACACACUUAUCCUUUGUUUCAAUAUCGUGGAAAACGUCGGCGAAGUACUUGGAGCGAAGCUUAAGAUCGGACAAGGUGCCCGCGUUUUAUUGCACAUUUCUAACAAUUACAAUUAUAUUGAAAAUAUCCAGAAUGGAAUGACGAAGAGGAACGAAAUGGUGAUGAAACAUGUAUACAUGUUGGCCACCCCGCCUUUGGUACGUAUAAGACCAAAUGAUGAAGACGCAAAACGUAUCCGCGAUGAAAAUAUUAAUAUUGACUUUUAAGUGAGAUUACGUAAUUAAGUGGAGCAAUACUAAGAGGUUUCUCACAAAUGCAAUUUGUUGUAAAUGAUAAUUACCUCCUCGCGGGAGUCAAAAUUUGCCUGAAAUCCGUAUGCAAGAUGUUUCUGCGAUGAAAAUACCAAUGUUGACUUUUAAGUGAGAUUACGCAAUUAAGUGGAGCAAUACUAAGAGGUUUCUCACAAAUGCAAUUUAUUGUAAACGAUAAUUACCUCCUCGCAGGAAUCAGAAUUUACAUGAAAUCCGAACGCAAGAUGUAUCUGCGAUGAAAAUAGCAAUGCAGACUGGUAGGUGGAAUGAUGCAACUAAGUGAAGCAAUACUAAAAAUAUUACAAAAAUAUCGUUUAUUGUAAACGAUAAUUACCUCCUUGCGGAAACUACAAUUUUCCAGAAUUCCGUACGCAAAAUGUCCAAUUUGCGAUGAAAAUGCCAAUGUUGACUUUCAGGUGAAGUGAUGCAAUUAAGUGGAGCAACACUAAAAAGAUUAUAACGAAUGCAGUUUAUUGUAAACGAUAAUUACCUCCUCGCGGGAACCAGAAUUUGUCUGAAAUCCGUACUUCGGUGCGCGUUAAUGGUGGCUCUCCGGGGAGCACAACGCGGAUAGGAGCAUCAAGCCGGACGACGGAGCUGCGUUUUCGACGGGCGAUAAUGAGCUACAGGGGCCUCAAGUGGCACCGAGGCGAGUAAAUAAGCCACACGUGGAUCAGAUAGCGAGCGAGCUCUGAAAAAUAGAAAACGCAGAGGUGCCGACGCCAGUUUGGUAUAAAUCCCGACCGCGAGUGGGUCGAGCGCACGGCAGCCCGUGUCACAUUUCGCCGAUAAAUCGGUCCCUCUCCGUCCUCGUUUGACUUUAAUCCAAGCCAAAGAGCAGGGAGUAACGUUCCAAGGUGAACCCAAGAGGAAUCGGCGAGUCCCGAGAGAAAAAUAAGCCCGGAGAAGGAGUCCGUGUCGCCUACUGGUCCAGCAGGUGCAACCGGUUAGACGGUUCCGCCAGCCGAUCGCACCGCGCCUUCGCCAGUCGAUUUUGCCCAGAACCGCGGACGGCAUUGCCGUGGAAAAGUUGGGUCAUCCUCGAGGAGACAUAUCGAGGAACCCGUAGAUCCGUUCCAAGUGGGAGGGAACGAUCUCUUCGGGCGUUUUGAAAAAUAGAGAAACGCGCAAGUGCGCGGUCGACCCGCCAGCUCGCGCAGAGAGUCCCGCUCGACAAUAGCCCUCGACGGCUUCCAAGUGGAAUCGAAAUUUUCUAGCGACGGUGGGAGAAAGGUAACGCGAUCCAGGUGGGGUGGAACGAAGUCCGCGGGAUCGCGAGAGGAGAAAAAAAAAUAAUAAUAACCGAACGGCAGGAGGGCGCAGCUUGAACCGAUCCAGCAGGUGCAGCCGGUCCGGCGGUUUCAUCGACUGUGAUCGAAGUUCACCGUCGUCGACUUUGUUAUACCAAGAACGGGGGUCCACCCCCACUCGGACUCGACGGAAAUUGUUCCGCGGUCUCAGCCAAUCGGCUUUUUCGAAUUUCCGGGGGCUUGUCUUCUAGGAGGCUUCUCCUAAACGGUCUCCUUCAUAUAAAAGCCGGGGCCUUCAAGGAGAGAACAUGACGACCGCCAGGUGGCAGUUGGUGGCCAAUUUCCACGUUUCGGUGGGACAUUGUCCAAUCGCUAAGGAUCUUGCUUCCUCCCCGAGGAAAUUCUUCAAGGGAAGACAGUUCUCGACCAUAUCCGCGGCGGCCAUUAGAUGCGGAAAAUCGCAUUUCGUUCCUCUUGAAUCGAGGAUCUCCAGCACCGUCAGCUUUUCGGCUUUGACCCACCGAGGAUACUUGGGGAGGUUCAAGAUGCCGUCCUCGGUGGACAAACUUUAUACACAGGUGUCCAGCGUAAUGGUGAAUUACACUACGAAAAGUUCCGCUUCUUUGGAGAACGCUUAUGACAACGUUGCUGGGGUGCCCAUCAGCAACAAACCGAAGACCCCUUUGGCUCCAAAGGUCCGAGCUUACCUAGAAGAAUGCGUAACUUUGUGUCGCCCUGACGACAUUUACAUUUGCGACGGUAGUCCUGCUGAAAACCUGGAGAUGCUGCAACUGCUGAAAAAUAAUGGGACGAUUAAACCUCUGCCGAAGUACAAGAAUUGCUGGUUAGCAAAGACCAACCCUGCGGAUGUUGCUAGGGUCGAAAGCCGUACUUUCAUCAGCACCGAAAACAAGAACGAGACUAUUCCGACCCCUCAAGAGGGAGUCAAAGGUAUCCUUGGAAAUUGGAUCUCUCCUGGCGACAUGAACCUUGCGAUUCUGGAUCGGUUUCCUGGAUGCAUGAAAGGUCGAACGAUGUACGUAAUCCCGUUCAGCAUGGGCCCCGUGGGAUCUCCUCUGUCCAAAAUUGGAAUCGAAGUCACCGAUUCUGCUUAUGUAGUCUGCUCCAUGAUGAUCAUGACCAGAAUGGGUGCACGCAUCUUGGAAGCUCUAGGAAACGACGAUUUCGUAAAAUGCCUACAUUCCGUUGGUUUGCCGAAAAAGGACUCCACGGUCCAAGUCGAUUCUUCCUGGCCUUGUGAUCCCGAAAGGACCAUCAUCCUUCACAAACCGUCUACGAAUGAAAUCGUUUCUUAUGGCAGCGGAUACGGUGGCAAUUCCCUGCUGGGAAAGAAGUGCUUAGCUCUCAGAAUCGGCUCGACAAUCGCCAGAGACGAAGGCUGGCUUGCGGAACACAUGUUGAUUUUAGGUGUGACAAACCCAAAGGGAAAGAAGCGAUACAUUGCGGCAGCCUUUCCCAGCGCUUGCGGGAAAACAAAUCUCGCAAUGAUACAGCCGACUCUUCCGGGUUACAAAGUGGAAUGUGUCGGUGACGACAUUGCUUGGAUGAAAUUUGAUGGAGAAGGCAGACUUCGCGCCAUCAAUCCUGAAAACGGGUUCUUCGGAGUUGCUCCAGGUACUAGUAUGGCAACAAACCCGAACGCCAUGAAGACCAUCUUCAGUAACACACUGUUCACUAAUGUGGCUUCCACCAGCGACGGAGGAGUUUAUUGGGAAGGUCUAGAAAAAGAAGUGUCUGAAGACGUGGAGAUCGUUGACUGGUAUGGUAAUAAAUGGACUCAUCAGUCAACCAAGCCAGCUGCACACCCGAAUUCCAGAUUUUGCACCCCAGCCAAGCAAUGUCCAAUUAUUGACCCUCUAUGGGAAGCACCGGAAGGAGUACCAAUUGACGCCAUCCUUUUCGGCGGUCGUAGACCGGAAGGGGUUCCUUUGAUUUAUCAGGCAAGAAAUUGGCAACACGGUGUCUUCAUUGGAGCUAGUAUGAGGUCCGAGGCGACUGCAGCUGCGGAAUAUAAGGGUAAAGUUAUAAUGCACGACCCUUUCGCAAUGAGGCCGUUCUUCGGCUACAACUUCGGACAUUACUUGGACCAUUGGCUGAGCAUGUCACGAGUGAAGAAUGCCAAGUUGCCCGCUAUUUUCCACGUGAAUUGGUUCAGAAAAGGGUCCGAUGGGAAGUUCCUAUGGCCAGGAUUUGGCGAGAAUUCCCGAGUACUCGAUUGGGUUCUGCGGAGGAUAGAAGGAGAAGAUAUCGCCACGGAGACCCCAAUUGGACUGAUUCCAAAAUCCGGAUCCCUAAACCUGGAAGGCAUCGAGGAGAACUUAAACAUGGAAGAGCUGUUCAGGAUACCGAAAGACUUCUGGCAGAAGGAAACUAAGGACUUGAAGACCUUCUUUGACGCUCAAGUUGGAAAGGACCUUCCCACUGCCGUGGCUGUCGAGCUAGACAAUUUGGAGAAGAGAAUCGCCGAAAUGUAACAGACUGAGGCCAAUUAAUAUGGCUUAAUAUAAGGGGUAGGAGAAGACGACUAUCUUUUUCUAUUUGGUGAGAGAUUGUACGAAUUUGAGGGAGAGUUUAUAGUAUAAUAAGGAUGAAAACAAUGUCAUGGGUAAACUAAGAGAGUAUUUCGUAAAGCGCCCCACAGGUUUUCGAUUUUUUAUAUAAAUAUAAUUAUAUAAAAAUUACAAAAACGGUCGGUCGUUCACUAUAGUAUUGUUUUCAAGGCAACGUAUACAAAUUCAAACUCCGUUCAAUUGCUUUUGUGUGAUAGUUGAUACGACGUUGUGUAAAUAUGUACAUAGUAUUGCGUGAUCACAGAUUCGUUGUUGGAGGCUCGAUUGAAAGGGAAGUAUUUUAAACGACAUUAAAUUACUACUACAAGUAGAGUUUACGAAAGGAAGGUCGAGUCGACACUCUGUCCCAUUCUUAAAUGUAAAAGGUACAUAGGUAAAGGAAAGUACGCUGUCACUACUUUGUAUCGCCAGCACACAGUGCCAUGAUUUUUCGUAUUAUAGAGAUAUUUAUACAAUAAUAAAGACCGAUUACAGUUGCACCA